UUUAAUCUUUGUCAAAUCUGUCACAAUUUGACAUUUCUUUGACAUAUUUUUACAGUUUUAGAAUUUUUCUAUUUUUAUAUUAUAUUUUUAAUAUUUUUUAAUGUCUAAAUACGACAGAGCUGUGACGGUAUUUUCACCAGAUGGUCAUUUAAUGCAAGUUCAAUACGCUCAAGAGGCAGUUCGAAAGGGGUCCCCAGUGAUAGGAAUCCGUGGUACAGAUGUCAUAGUGUUAGCAACCGAGAAGAGGGCGGUAGAGAAGUUACAAGAUGAUAGAACAGAGAAGAAAAUAGUACCUUUAGAUGAACACGUUGUUCUAGCUUUUGCAGGAUUAAGAGCUGAUGCUAGAGUACUAAUUUCUAGGGCACAAAUAGAAUGUCAAUCACAUCGUCUUAUAGUAGAAGAUGCAGUCAAAUUGGAUUACAUUACUCGCUUCAUAGCGGAACAAAAGCAGAAAUACACACAGAGCAAUGGAAGACGACCUUACGGGAUUUCUUGUUUGAUAGCUGGAUUCGAUUACGAUGGAGAUGGACAUUUGUUUCAGACGGAACCUUCUGGAACAUUCUAUGAAUGGAAGGCGUGUUCCAUUGGACGUGGAGAGAAAACUGCUCGGGAAUUCCUCGAGAAACAUUACAAUGACACUGCCACUAGCACUGAGAAGGGCACAAUAAAAUUAGCUAUUAUGUGCCUUCUAGAAAUUGUACAUUAUGGUCAAAAGAAUUUAGAUGUAAUGGUUCUAAAGAAAGGUGAUCCGGUGAAGUUUUUAAAUCAAGACGAGAUAAAUGCAGUUAUAUCUGAAAUAGAAGUUGAAAAGGAAAAAGAAAGAGAAACAAAGACUUAAUUAUCUUGUAAUUACUU